UAGUGUAGACACUAGUGAAUUAUUAUAAUUCUGUCAUUUGUAACUUUGUUUGCAUCUUCUGUAGCUCCGGCAUCGGUGACAGAAUACAGUGAGCCUAAAUUCCAGUUCUCGCCUACAAAUAUGUCCGGCACACUCUUCAAAUGUAGUGGCUCCAACAUGACAGCAAGCCACAGCAUAAUGACUGGUCGCAGCUUGUCUGUGCGCAACACGGUGAGAAGACAGACACAGAACAGCCAGUGGGAGCCUCAGAUGAACUGGAAUGCACAGUCUCAGUCCAAUGGGUUGAGACGCGGUGACAGUGACCCAGCCAUGAAUAAGGCAGGCAGCACAAUUACCCAGCAGUCCAAAGGGAGGUCUGCUACUGUGCGAUAUACCCGAGCAACUGGACAAUCCAUGAGAAUCCAGGAGAAUAACCAGCUGGCUCAAUCACAGACAAUCAUCAAACCUUCCCUCAGCCAAUCACAGACAGUGAGGAAAGUCACCGUGACCAAGAGCAAAUCAGAACCACUGGGUGCGAGUGGUGCCGAGGGAUCUUUGCCUAACAUCACUCUGCAGGAGGCAGUGGAGUUCCUGUCACACUCAGACAUCAGCCAUCAGCUCUGUGGAGCUUCAUUCAUACAGCACCAGACCUACACUGAAGACCAACCCAAACAAGAGGUUUGGCGUUUGGGAGGGAUUCCUGCCCUCAUUCAGUUGCUGAAAAGCGACAAUUCACAGCUGCACCAGACCGCCGCCGCUGCACUGCGCAACUUGGUUUUUAAAGACAACAAUAACAAGCUUGAAGUGGACAGUUGUGAAGGAAUAGAGGCCAUUCUGACCUUGCUCGGAAACACCAACGUUACAGAAACGCAUCAACAACUCACUGGUCUGUUGUGGAAUCUGUCCUCGGCUGAUAAACUGAAGACAGAGCUGAUCAAGAACGCCCUGCCACUGCUUACAGAAACCAUUGUGGUGCCGUACAGCGUUUGGACUGACGUCAACACUAACAGACACAUUGACCCCGAGGUCUUCUACAACACCACCGGCUGUUUAAGAAACCUCAGCUGUGCUAGAGAGGAGGAGAGGAUAUCAAUGAGGAGCUGCCCGCAACUUAUCGACUCUCUCGUGACUUACGUUCAGACUCAAAAGGAUCAUAACGAGCCAGAUGACAAGUCGGUGGAAAACUGUGUCUGCAUACUUCAUAACUUGAGCUACCAGCUGGAGAAAGAGGCUUCUGAUCACUUCAAACAGUUCUCUGUUCUUGAUGAGAGACCGAACGAGAACAAUAAGAAAAAGAGCCUCUUCAGCCCCAAGAGCCCCAAGAGCUCCAAGACCCAAAAGGAAAAGUCGGGAAGUCGUGGCCUAAUGGUUAGAGAGUCGGACUCGUAA